UCCAAUUAGAUAGGUUUCUGUUGUCACAGGUGACAGACCCUGUUUUACAAGACUCACUGGCCUCCACCCAAAGCCACAGCGCAGUCAAUGAGGAACAAUGAACUAGGAGCACCUCAGUGUUCCUUCACUAAGGGUUCUUAUUGUUAGACAACCCGUUUUCAGUAUUUACUACCUCUACAUGGCACUUUACAAAGAGGACAGCCAAGACGACACACCGGAGUGUCCAGUAUGCUAUGAGAUCCUGUCGGGCAGUGUGCGGACUUUAAGCUGCGGACAUGUAUUCUGUCACGACUGCUUGGUCAAAACUCUGGUCAGCAUUAACAGCGAUGGAGUCAUCAGGGACACAAUUGUCUGCCCCAUCUGCCGACAUCUGACGUUCAUCAAGAGGCAAAAAGAAUCGCUGGUGGCACUCUCAGCGACCAAGUAUCCAGAACAGACCCUGGAGGUGCCUCUUCCGACAACGGCGUCGCAGCUCCGGAGCGCACGGCGCGCCUCCGGGGGCAGCUUACUGAGCGGAGUUAACCGGAUAGCCCACUGCUGCGGGAGUAUCUUUCGACGAGUCCGUCAGGAGAGGUUAAUCGGACACAACCACAAUGCGUGUCAGAUCUUCAUCAUAAGUGCCCAGGGGCGACCGAUGGCAGAGGAGGAUGCGCUCGACGUUGUGAUGACAGUGGUUCACCCUCAGCGCAGGGAGAGACGCAGGGUUUGCACCACGUCGCGAUGCUUGCUCUGUUUGCUGUCAGUCUUUACUGUUCUGGCACUGGUGGCCGCGACUUUACCUUGGAUUUUAUUGGCAUAGUGCUGCUGAAGAUGCACAGCAUACAGAUCCAAGUGGAAACGAUUCAAGAACCUUUAGGGACAAUGUUUCCUUGGAAAUCAACGUUGUUGUGCAUGUGAGUUUCACUAAUCAGCAAUGUAUCACGAUAUGAACUGUGUUCAAGUAUUCAGUUGUAGUCAUAUUGGACUGUAGCUCUGUAUUGACAAAUUAAUUAAUUUAUCUCGAUUAAAAUGAUAACUAAAACAAAGACUUUCAUUGGCACAUAAUGUAUAUUGCUAAGCAACAGUCUAAAUUAAAAUUUUGCCUUAACAACAAGAUGAAUUAGUCAUUAAAUUGUUGCUCAUCAUGAAUAACAGUCUCCGUUUUGCAGCCUUUUAACCCCAAGUCAUUAAACAAUCCUUAGACAUCGAGGAUGUUGUUAAAGAGGCCCGGGUACUGCUGCGUUUCCAAACAGCAGUACACGUGUUUGUGGCCAAACCUGUAAAGCCACAGCCUCCCACUUUUCCAGGUAGACACAUUGCAUUGCUCACGCCUUCACACACCUAGUACUCUUUCACAUUAUGUCACUUUACAAACACAGAUUUCAGAGUGUUUUCCUGGGACAUCACGUGACAGGCACAAAGCAGCUGAUUCUUGGGAACUCAAAGGAACAUUAAGUUCACAUGUGAUCAUUUAAAAAAACAUAAAAUUAGGCACUAGUUUAUGUUGACCUGUGGAUUAGUCACAAUAAUAUCAACUGGAGCUUGUUGUUGUAGCAAACUAUGAUCAUAAAGCAGGGAAUGAUGAAUCCAACAAUAACCUUUGAGUGUUACUGAAAUUUGGAACUGGUAAGAAUCCUUUAACCAGUUACUCAUAAAGACAGUGUAAAGAGAGACAUCUUUGAAGGAUCUGUUAGAAAUAAUUCAUGCACCCAUGGUAGCCUGAAGGAGAUGAGCUGUACCUGUCUACUGUAAGGAGAGACACUGCUUGACUGAUUAGAUUACCAGAGCCCUUCAGGAUAAACUGCAUCAGAUCAAGACCAAAAUAUUGAAAGUUAGAUUACAAUCAGUCACUAUUGCAACCAUUUGUUAAAAAGAUCAUUUUCAACAAACUUGCAAUUCAAACAUUGGCAGUUCAUUGUGCAUUUUGUGGUUGAGAUUUAGGAGAGGUUAGACUCUUCCUCUGUAUGAAUCACCAUAAUUUUCAAAACAGUGUACACUCCCAUUACCUCCUUGUUGCAAUUCUUCACCCACCCUGCUUAGCCAGUUCCGCUAGUUACACACCUCAACAGACUUCUGCUACUUAAUCACAGAUUUGUUCCUCACAUGUUAGUAAUGUUAGUAAUAAUCUGCCGUUUAAGAUUUUUUCCUAUUUGGCUUUCCUUUCCACACUGACCCAAAAAAAUGCAUCACAUGCUACAUGAGAGAAGAAAGAGAGAGAGAGAGAGAGUGUAAAGAUGGUAUCAAAAUAAGGUCAAAGACA